CGGCGCAGUUUCAUGACGUACCUUUCUGCCAGAGUUCAGUAACUACAUCAGUGUGUGGUGCAUGUGUGAUGUUUCAUGUUUCUGUGUGCAUUGAAACCUGUUUAAUGGGCUGACGGCUCUGUGUACUACUAAUGUGACGUGACCCCUGCUGUCAUGCCUCCAACCAUGGCUCAGAUCAGUGAUCCAAAGAUCGCAUUUGCCUACCUGCGCCCGGCCUGUGUCCUGCUCACCCAAGAGCCCACCGUGACCAAUGUGGAGACUCUGAGUGCCCAGUUGAAAGACGUCAAUGAUGCCACAUUGCAGCAGCUCCAAGAGUACGUCCUCUUCCCUCUUCGCUUUGUCCUUAAAGUCCCUGGGCUCAAGAAGGAGAAACUGGUGCAGGCUGUGGCUGAGGCAAUGAGCCAUGUCCUGGAGAGCACCUGUGUCCAGAACUGGGAGACCCUUCAUGGCCUUCUCUCAGAGCUUUGCCUCUGCCUCUGUUCUCCAGCCAAUCCUGGGCAACCUGCAGAUACAUCAGAGGAACUGAAAUUGUCUGUGCUGAGAUGUCUGGGUGCGCUGCUUCACUCUGCUUAUGGUGAUAUAGUCUUCCAGCUCUUUGAACCCAUUAUGCUACCCGGACUGGGAAGUGCCAUAUCGUUGCUGCUGGCUUUAGGAGAGAAGGAAAAAUCUCGAGAUGUACAGUUGGCAGCACUGAAGUGCAUCCAUGCAUUGACUCUGGAGUGUGACUGCUCUCAGGAGCAUGUAGUCCCAUCCUCAGAGGAGAGAUGUGCUAUUGGCAGAUGUAUGGCCUCAUUCUUACCUGGGAUCACUACAGCUGUAACCAGGAUCAUUACAGGAGAUCUGAGACAAGGCCAUGCAGUCACAGUCAGAGCUAUCAAGGUUUGGUCAAGGAGUGUGGGGCUUGUCAUGGAAGAUGCCCAGCUUCAGACCAGUGAGUCCUGUAAGACCCCCUCACCAGACUUGGGCAGAAUUGGACAACUCGUGGUCCAACGGACACAAGAUUGGGUGAAGAGCACAGCAGGGAAACUGUCUGUGCUCCUGAAGAAGAUUAUCUCCUGCAUCUCGGCUCACCAGCACUGGAGGGUUAGGUUAGAGAUGGUGGAGCUGGGUGACCACCUGCUGGCCAGGUGUAGCCAGUCACUGGGAGAGUGUGUUGGUCCACUGCUUGAAGCACUGGUGGGAGCAGUUAAUGAUGAGGAGCCCAGAGUCAGAAAAAGAUGUGAGGUCGCUCUCCGAGACGUAUCACGGAGGAAUCAGAGCUCUAGCAACAGCAGUGAUAUGACAAGUGAAAGCAGCAGCAGUACUAAGACAUUCACGGACGUGCUUUCAGAGAAUCUACACUCUUUGGCUACUUCACUGCCCAGACUGAUGAGGACCUCUGAUGACCAGAAGAAGUUAUUUGUGCUCAACGUGUUCCUGGGUUAUUUAAAAAUCCUGGGACCGCUGGUCUCCGUGGUACUAAACUCAGCAGUACACCUGGAGAGGAUUUCCAAAGCCUUGAUGCAGGUGCUCGAGUUGGACGUUAUGGAUGUCCGCAUCGUGGAGGAAAGGAGUUAUGCUGCUACAAUCGAGACAAGCUCAGGCUCUUGUGAUUCCUACAGUGCUCACAUACAGAGGAAGCACUUUCUUUACUUCACAGACGAGAAGAUCUUUUCUGUACUCAUGGAGAUCUGUCGAACACUAGGUUACUAUGGAAACAUUUAUCUGCUGACUGAUCACUUCCUGGAUCUGUACCAGCAGUCUUCAGCAUACAGAAAGCAGGCUGCCAUGGUGCUGAAUGAGAUCGUCAGGGGUGCUGCAGGAAUAGCCGUGGCAGCAGAGAGUCAGGGUUCAGAGGGUCAUGUUCAGCGGCACUCUCUCACCCAAGAAGAACUUAAAGAGGCGGUGGUGUCUGUCAUGGAGGAAUACACCAGUUUGAAGAACUGGCACUUGAUGACUGUCAGUGAGGAGACGGAUAGAGACCGCCAGGACCAGCAGCUGCUGAGCCCAUCCAGACUCCUCUCCAUAUCCGACAGCAACACAAAUGCAAACUCUCUCCCAGUGAUUCCUUCUUCAUCUGGCUCCCUGCCCUCCUCAUCAUCCAUCUCCACAAUUCACCAGCUCAACAGCAACAUCUGGCAGCUGUGUAUCCAACUCGAGGGCAUCGCUUGCUUUGCUAAGGCACUGGGUUCUGACUUUCGUCCCUUGUUGAUGACAUCAUUGUAUCCUGUGCUGGAGAAAGCAGGGGAGGAGACACUGCUUGUCAGCCAGGUGGCACUGGGCUCCAUGUGGGACAUCAGUAAGGCGUGUGGCUACCCCUCCCUGAAGGAGCUCAUCAAUGAGAACUCAGACUACCUGCUCAAUGAUAUAUCACUCAACCUGCAGAGGCUCAGCCAGCAUCCACAGGCUCCACGGGUGUUGACAGUGAUGUUAACUCACUCUGACUGCAGCCUGCUGCCUCUGGUUGGGGACAUCGUUCAGGAUGUGCUGAUGGCUCUGGAUCUCAGCUACGACCACACCGCUGCUCUUUUCUGCUCUGUGCUACAUGCGCUCAUGAAGGCACUGGCGAGGUGGUUUCCCUCCGCUUAUGUGAGGACCAGUGAAGCUGCCAGGCGUAAGGAAUCCUCCACUCACAAGGACGUCUUCAACAUCCGCCAGUUCUUGCUGGAUUACUGUAAACAGAAAGAGCUGGCAGAGGGCGUUGGAAUAGAAGAGGAUGACAGUGAAGACCUUGAGGUCCCUCCUCCUACGGAGUGCGAGGAUGUUGAAGAUCUUCACGGUCCUGAUGUGAAAGCAGAGCUCCCUUCCCACCUCAGCAUCACUAAAGAUGUUAUGGAGCGCUGCAUUCACCUUCUGUCAGACCCCAGUCUCAGACUUCGACUCAAGGUACUGGAUGUGUUGGAGCUCUGUGUGUGUGUACUGAGUGAGAAGGAAAAUGAACUGCUGCCCAUGGCCCAUCGCUGCUGGCCCGCCCUCCUUCAGAGGCUUACAGCCGAUGACCCUUUAGCAGUCCUCAGAGCCUUCAGGGUGCUGUGUACGCUGGGUGAAACAUGUGGCGACUUCCUCAGGACGAGGGUUUCUAAAGAGAUUCUUCCCAAGUUGAGCUCCUCUCUGGCACGGCAGGCACCAGUCAGCGCCAAAGCCGGACCCGUCUACACACACACCAUGGCCUACAAACUGCAGCUGGCUGUACUGCAGGGGCUGGGCUCACUGUGCCAGAGGCUGGACCUGGGUGAGGCAGACCUGGAUGCGGUUUGUGAGGCCUGUCUGCCCUACCUGAGCUGCAGACAACCAAUCAGGCUACAAGAGGCCAGCCUAAGCGUUUUCCAACACUUAAUCCAGGUGGAUCCGGAUGCCUUCUGGUUUACUUUGAAUGAGCUGCACUGCCCGUCCUCCUACAUCCCGCCCCACCCUGACCUCCAGCCCAUACAGCUGAACGGCAUGGGUCGACCGAGGGACGAGUACUCGGACAACGUGCUGAAACUGCUGAAGGAGGAGUUUGGUCCAGUUGCUGAGACAGACAGCCAGCUAGUCAGCUAAUGAGCUAGUGAUUGAUGUGACUGACUCAUCUCUCAAAUGGAUGGCUUAUUAAACUAGUGACUCCAGUGAGUCAAUUAAGUGAAAGUAAAUCUGACAAUUGUUAAAGCAGCCAUCAGAUACGGUUGUGAUAACCUUCAUGCUGUUCACAGCUCUGAUAAGCAGCAAGGAUCGAAGGGAAAAUGUCAGUGAAGCAUCUCUGCUGCUGUUCAGUCUUCUACUGCAGGUGUAGAAACCAGGAAACCCUUCUGACAGGUCUUGAACAUGAGGAGACACGCAGAAACUGUUUUUCAUUUCAUGUGAAUGCACUGACACACUGUAUGCAAAUGUUAUUUUUGCUAUUCCUUUUUGUCUUAUUUCCUUCAUUUCAAGAAAUAUUCUAUCCCUAA